AUGGGCAAACCUCGUCAGUCCACCACAAUCGAGGGAUCAGUCCUCCGCAACGAUGGCAGCUCUUCUAUCGACUCGUCCUCUCCACUGGCCGAAGACGCGGCCAACAGCCGACCUCCCGGCCCGCCUCACACAAUAUCACGAAUCUCGACCUCCUCCGGCAUCGAGUACAAGGUAUACAAGCGACGCUUCUUCGGGCUCGCCCAGCUCUGUUUGCUCAAUAUAGUCGUGUCCUGGGACUGGAUCGCCUUCGCCCCCGUCUCGACCACUUCCGCCGAGUACUUCCAUACCUCGGAGACCAACAUCAACUGGAUCUCCACGGCGUUCCUCUUCGCCUUCUGCGUAACCACCCCAGCGACCUUCUAUGUGCUUCACAAGUAUGGCACCAAAGGUGCCAUCAUCAUCGCCGCCUCACUGCUGCUGGUCGGCAACUGGGUCAAGUACGGCGCUACCCGCGCAAACAACUUCGCGGGCGUGAUGGUCGGCCAACUGAUCAUCGGGUUCGCUCAACCCUUCGUCCUCUCCUCGCCAACCUCAUAUUCCAACCUGUGGUUCAGCGCCGCCGGCCGUACCACCGCGACCGCCGUAGCUAGCUUGUCGAAUCCCUUUGGUGCAGCGCUGGGUCAACUCAUCUCACCGUUCUGGGCGGACCAGCCAUCCGAGAUCCCCAACAUGAUUCUGUACAUCAGCGUCAUCUCCUCCGUCGCCGCAAUCCCUGCCUUUUUCAUCCCGGCGAAACCGCCCUCCCCUCCCUCCGCCGGCUUCGUGGCAGACUACAUGGAUCGCACAUCGAUCCGCAACGACCUACAUACCUUGUCGCGCUCUCCAGAAUUCUACCUCCUGGCCGGGCCAUUCAUGCUGUACGUUGGCUUCUUCAACGCAUUUUCGUCCCUCCUGAAUCAAAUCCUCGAGCCGUACGGAUUCAGCGAGGAUAACGCCGGCAUCGCAGGCGCGGUGCUCAUCGUGGUGGGGCUCCUCUGCGCCGCCGUCUCCAGCCCCUUCAUCGACAAGUAUAAAUUCUACUUGGUGUACAUCAAGCUCGCGGUGCCGUUGUUGGCGCUUGCGUAUUUGGUCUUCGUCUGGGCGCCGCAGUCGAAAAGUCUGGCAUAUGUCUUCGUCAUCUGUGCGAUCCUCGGCGCCGCGAGCUUCGGUCUUGUGCCUGUGGUGUUGGAGUUCAUGGUCGAGAUUCACCACCCACUUGGCCCAGAACUGGGCAGCAGCCUGUGUUGGUGCGGUGGACAAUUGCUCGGCGGUGUCUUCAUCGUCAUCAUGGAUGCAUUGAAGGCUGGCGCCGGUGCCGACCCGCCGACGAACAUGAAGCGGGCGUUGAUCUUUCAAGCCGCGCUGGCCAUGUUGGUCAUGCCACUCCCCUUGUGUUUGGGCCUGUUCGGGCGCAAGGCUCAUGUAAGGAGGAAGAGGUGGGAAGCCGAUAGGCAUGCCAGGACGGAGGAGGUCAUUGAGGGGUAUAUUGAUGGGAGGGAGGAGGAUGAGCAGGUUUUGAACAGCCACAGCGGGAGAGUUGGCUAA